AUGGUUAUUGGGAUCUUCGUUGAUUAUGCUAAAGCUCAUUUGACGACUGAGAUGCAUAUCACCAAGAUAAUUGCUAGACAAUCCGUUCCGGAAAUUCGCGAAUUUGUGAGGAGGUGCUAUGAGGACAACAUGGGCAAUGUGCAAUUGGUAUUCAAUAGUAGAAAUGUUGAAAAUGACGAAGUUGAAGAUUCGGCCCAUGUUGAUUCUAUUUAUGGAACUAAUAAGAAUAUUGUUGUUGAAGAGGAAAUUCCUAUGUCUAACAAGCUUAACCAAAAUCCUAGGUUGAUUGCUGACUCAUCAAUGACAACCUUUGCGAGGAAUUGA